UAAAAAAGCAAAGAAAGAAAGAAAGCUUAUUGCUUUUGUAAGGGGGAGGUGGGGGGGAAAAGGAGAAAAAGAAGAGAAUUUUGGCCAGCACCAAAGUUUAUAGUACCAGCUUGUAGUGUACAACUCUAUAGAAAGCUAAAAAGAAUUUCAAGAAAAAUUUUUAUAAGCCCCAUUUUACUAGUAGUAGUGUAUUGUUUUAUACACAAACAAUUUGGUGAACAAGUGUACUUUCUUGUUUAUAUGUUAUUUAUAUGUCUUAUAUGUCCCAAUUUUUAGCUUUCAAUGUAAAUAGAGUUUGAAUAAUCAUAUUUGAGUAUUCACUCAAAAGAAUUUUGAUGUUGGAGGGGUUGGUUUCCAUUUUUUUGCCUUGAAAAUUUUGAUGUUAGAGAGUUUAGUUCAAGUUUUUUUGCUAUAAAAAUUCAAUCUUGAGAAGUUUGGUGUUAGAGGGUUCAGUUUCAAAUUUGUUGUCAAUAAAAAGUUGUGUCUGAAUCAUCACAUUUGGCUGUUGUUUUUGUCAAAAGAACUAUCUGGGGUUUGUUGGAAGCUUGAGAAUUUUGAUGUUAGAGAGUCUAGUUCAAGUUUUUUUGCCAUAAAAAUCCAAUCUUGAGAAGUUUGGUGUUAGAGGGUCUAGUUUCAAAUUUGGUUUCCAGUAAAAAGUUGUGUCUGAAUCAUCACAUUUGGCUAUUUUGGAGGGCCUGGUUUCAAAAUUGUUGCCAGAAAAAACUGUGUUUGAAUCAACACAUUUUGGUUUUUUUGGUCAAAAGAAUUGUUUGGGGUUUGAGAAUUUUGAUGUUGGAGGGAUUGGUUUCAAGUUUGCUGCCAUAAAGAACUGUUCUUGAGAAUUCCGAUAGUCGAAAGCCUGGCUUCAAAUUUGUUGUUAUAGAAAGCUGAGUUUGAAUCAUUCACAUUUGGGGUUUAUCUUUACUGGAGAAUUGAGAAUUUUGAUGUUGGAGAGCUUGGUUUCAGAUUAGUUGACAAAAAAAUCUGGUCUUUUAAGGUUUGUUGUUAGAUAUUGAAACAAGAAUGGCUGCUGAUGGAGCAUUGUAUUUCUCUGUGGCAUCUGUGGUGGAAGAUGUUCUUCAGCAGCAUGGAAACAGAUCAAGAAAUCUUGAUUUGGAUGCGCGCCGCGCAGAGGAAGCUGCGACAAGGAGGUAUGAAGCGGCAGCGUGGCUGAGAAAGGUGGUGGGAUUUGUCGGAGCAAAAGAUUUACCAGCUGAGCCUUCUGAGGAAGACUUCAGGCUUGGCUUAAGGAGUGGAAUAAUUCUUUGCAAUGUACUUAACAAAAUGCAGCCUGGAGCUGUGUCUAAGGUUGUUGAAAGUCCAGUUGACUCUGCACUUAUUCCCGAUGGAGCAGCCUUGUCGGCAUAUCAGUACUUUGAGAAUGUCCGUAAUUUUUUGGUCGCAGCACAUGAGUUGGGGAUUCCUUCUUUCGAGGCAUCGGAUUUGGAACAGGGUGGAAAAUCGUCGAGAGUUGUCAACUGUGUUUUGGGACUUAAAGCCUACGGCGAGUGGAAGCAGACAGGUGGGCCUGGAGUCUGGAAAUUUGGUGGAAAUGUGAAAUCUACAACAUCAGCAAAACAAUUCGUGCGCAAAAAUUCUGAGCCAUUCUCAAGUUCUCUGUCAAGGAGUAUGUCGAUGAAUGAGAAAUCUGCAAAUGGCGUAUGCACUGACGCUGAAAGUAACAAAAUGUCCAGCUCUUCGUUGAGCAACCUUGUUCGUGCAAUUCUGAUUGAUAAGAAACCUGAAGAAGUUCCGAAUCUUGUGGAAUCAGUUCUGAAUAAGGUCGUUGAGGAGUUUGAGCAGCGCAUUACAAGCCAAAUACAACUGAACAAAGCAACUCCAAAGGACUCAACAGUUUCCAGCGGCAACAAGUUCCUUCAGAAACAUGCGUCAGUCAGCGCAAAGGUUGACCAAAGAAAUUUAGCACUAGUGAAAGAAGAGAAUCGCAUCGUCAAUGAGGAACUUAAAAGAACUCAGAUGAUGCAGAACACAUUUAUUGACCAACAGCAAAGAGACAUCAAGGACCUGAAACAAACUCUUUUGACUACAAAAGCGGGUAUGCAGUUCAUGCAAAUGAAGUUUCAUGAAGAAAUGCAAAAUAUCGGCAUGCACAUACAUGGUCUAGCACACGCAGCUUCUGGUUAUCAUAGAGUUCUUGAAGAAAACCGGAAGCUUUACAAUCAAGUUCAGGACCUUAAAGGAAGUAUAAGAGUAUAUUGUCGAGUAAGACCCUUUUUGCCUGGGCAAUCAAGUUAUAUCAGCAAUGUGGAUCAUAUAGACGAUGGUAGCAUUACAAUAGGUGUUCCAUCGAAGAAUGGGAAAGGGCGCAAAACUUUCAAUUUCAAUAAAGUAUUUGGACCUUCCGCGAGUCAAGGAGAGGUGUUCUCGGACACACAACAACUGAUUAGAUCAGUUCUGGAUGGGUACAAUGUGUGCAUUUUUGCUUAUGGCCAAACUGGAUCAGGAAAAACUUUCACAAUGACGGGGCCUAAGGAUCUUACAGAACAAAGCCGAGGUGUAAACUACAGGGCGUUAGGCGAUCUAUUCCUGCUUGCAGAACAAAGAAAGGACACCUUCCUCUAUGAUGUGUCUGUCCAAAUGAUUGAGAUAUAUAAUGAACAAGUUAGGGAUCUUCUUGUUUCUGAUGGUGUACACAAAAGAUUAGAAAUUCGUAGUGCUUCUCAAGGACUAACAGUACCAGAUGCAAGCCUGGUUCGUGUGACUUCAACUUCCGAUGUCAUUGAUUUGAUGAAUCUUGGGCAAAGGAAUCGUGCAGUGAGUGCAACAGCACUAAAUGACCGCAGUAGCCGCUCUCACAGUUGCUUAACUGUUCAUGUCCAAGGAAGAGAUUUGACUUCUGGAGCCAUUCUUCGCGGUUGUAUGCAUUUGGUUGAUCUUGCUGGAAGUGAGAGAGUAGACAAAUCUGAAGUAACAGGAGAUAGACUUAAAGAGGCACAGCACAUAAACAAGUCUCUCUCAGCUUUAGGUGAUGUAAUCUCUGCCCUGGCACAAAAGAACGGACACGUUCCAUAUCGUAACAGCAAACUGACACAACUACUCCAAGACUCACUAGGUGGCCAAGCCAAAACACUGAUGUUUGUUCACAUAAGUCCUGAACCCGAUGCCAUAGGAGAAACAAUUAGCACGCUCAAAUUUGCUGAACGUGUUUCUACUGUUGAACUUGGUGCUGCCAGAGUAAAUAAAGACGCUACAGAUGUCAAAGAGCUCAAAGAACAGAUUGCUAGUCUUAAAGCUGCCUUGGCAAGAAAAGAAACAGAAUCGGUCUCCAUGAGUCAUAAGGUAACUAGCAGUCCAUGUGGCUUGCAGUCAUCACCUUUUCAAUCUAAUCUACAAGGAAGAGAAAUGUCCGCGGAUUCAAACAUUCGGAGGAGACCAAUCGAGGAUGGAGGCAACAGAGAGGUCUCUAGUAAUUCUGCAUUCAGACAAAGAAGCCAAAGCUUUGAUCUUGAUGAAUUAUUAGGAAACUCCUCUCCCUGGCCACCUGUAAGCAGUCCUUCCGAUAACUAUGUAGAAGAUGAUAACCACAUGAGCUCAGGUGAGUGGGUAGACAAGGUCAUGGUGAACAAACAGGACGCUGCUCGUGGAGUUGGAAACCUGUUUGGAUGCUGGGAAUCCGAAAAAGGCAAUGGUUCUGAUGCACUUUAUGAGAAGUUUCUUUCAGAUUCAUCUAAAGUAUACCAAGAAAAGUCAAGUAGUCUUUUCCAAAUGAGCAACCAUUUUGACAUCACGACUACUGAAGAUUUAGAUGAGUUUGAAGCCACAACCAGCGAUUCAUCCGAGCCAGAUUUGCUUUGGCAAUUCAAUAACUCAAAAGUUAACACUUUCCCUAGUGGGAAUGGCUCCAAGAUGCAGAAGCCAAAUACAAAGCCGGGAAAGAUCCCCGAAUCAAGGAAUACGGUUCAUAAAGUAGGGCCUCCACCAUCGCGACAGACAAGUGGAGUUGGCCACAAUCAGCGGAAUGGAAGACAGGCCAUGACUGCUGAUAUGAAGCGAAAAGCUGGAAGCAGGAAAUAAGGAAUGAAUUUCCAAUUCCUUUAUCAUCAUUCUUAACUUUUAUUUUCAUUUUUGAAGUUAUUUUCGUGGAGAGUGAAUGAGAGUGGUAUUGCAUUUUUUUGUUACAUAGAGUUUCUUCUGCAUCCUAUUUGAUUUUUCCCCUAAAAGUUUGUUUCUUUACUUGCGCAAAUGAGGCAAUGUUUCCAGUUGCUUGUAAUUUUUGUGUCGUUGGAGUUGUAAGAGUUCUGGUUCUUGUUGGAUAUAGCAUUACAGUUAGCAGACUCUGACGAUCCUCAAGGCGCUGUUGUUUCCCUUUAUAGUCUCUGGCACUUUGAGGAUUUGUAAAUUUUGCACAUAUAUUAUACAGUUAAAGAGUGAGCUUUGAAAGUA